ACAAAAGUAAGCCUCAGUCUUCCCUUCACUUUGUUCGCUUUCACUAUGACUUCGCUUCGCCACACGAACGUCGGCUUGGUCUCGUCGCUCUUCAACAGCAUCAGCCGAUGGGCCGUCAACGCCUCAGGCUACCAAAAGUUCGGAUUGUUCCGCGACGAUCUGCUGAGCGAGGACGAUCCCGUUGUUGCCGAGGCCCUCCGGCGGCUGGACCCCAUCGAGCAGGACCGCCGCAUCUUCCGCAUGAAGAUUGCCACCCAGCUCAGCUUGCAGCAACAAAUCCUGCCCCGCGAGCAGUGGACCAACUCUGAGACUGAGCCCCGAUACCUCCAGGGCCUCAUCCAGACUGUGGCAAAGGAGAUGGCCGAGCGAAAGAAGUUCGAGCACUUGUAAAGGAAUCCCGCACCGUUUAUUUUCUUUCAAGCGGGCUUGUGUUGACACACUGACUCGUUGAGCAGUGUUAUCGGUGCAAGUUUCGGGAGGGAAGCAAUACAGCAUUCAUUUAAAAACAAACAAACAAAGCAAGCAAGGC